UGCCGGAGAGGUGGAGAGAACAGGGAGAGCGGAGGAGGUUCGUCUUUUCUUUCUGUGUUUUUUUUUGUCCACCCGGGUUUUUUUCUGCCCUCAUGGCUAAUUUAGUGUCCGCCGUUUUCUCCUGUGUGCUAUUCGUGUCCUUCUUCGCCCGCUCUGCGCACGCGCGCAGUGAUGUGGUCGAGCUGAAAGACGCUGACUUCGAUUAUGUGGCCGCCGAGCACGAGACCCUGCUGGUGAAGUUUUACGCGCCCUGGUGUGGCCACUGUAAGAAACUUGCUCCUGAGUUUGAAACUGCUGCCAAACGACUAAAAGGAAUAGUAACUUUAGCCAAGGUGGACUGUACGACUAACACAGAGGUUUGUGGGCGGUUUGGGGUCAACGGAUACCCCACACUCAAAAUCUUUAGGAAUGGAGAGGAGUCAUCGUCAUACGAUGGUCCACGUUCAGCAGAUGGAAUCGUGGAUUAUAUGAAGAAGCAAGCAGGCCCCGACUCAGUGUCUCUACACAAUGAAAAAGACCUGGAGACCUUCGUCAACCACUUUGAUGCCAGUGUGGUUGGUGUGUUUGAGAGCAGUGAUAGCCCUCAGCUGGUGGAGUUUCUAAAAGGAGCCAAUCUGAUGAGGGACAAAUUCCGCUUUGCGCACACCACUGACCUCCAGCUGGGCCUCAAAUAUGACCUCACAUCUGAGGGUGUGCUGUUGUUCAGGCCUCCCCGGCUGGCCAGCAUGUUUGAGGAGAGUGUGGUACCACACAGAGGCCCUUUCUCCGUCACUGCCCUGCGCCGCUUCAUCAGAGACAACAUUUAUGGAAUCUGCCCACACAUGACCAAAGAGAAUAACGAUCAGCUGAGGAAGAGGGACCUGCUGACGGCGUAUUAUGACCUGGAUUACCUACACAACCCCAAAGGCUCCAACUACUGGAGAAACAGGGUGAUGAAGGUGGCAUCUCAGUACAGUACUCGUGGUCUGCUCUUCUCCGUGGCUAAUCGGAAAGACUUUGAGGAUGAGCUGGAAGAAGACUAUGGGUUGGGAACAUCAGAAGGCAGUGAGGUUCCGUUUGUCACCAUCAGGACUCGAGCAGGGCACAAAUACAGCAUGCGCGAGGAGUUCACGCGAGAUGGAAAGUCUUUAGAGAGGUUUUUGGAGGAUUACUUUGCUGGCAGAUUGAAACGUUAUAUCAAAUCUGAGCCUGUACCUGCAAACAACAAUGGACCAGUCAAGGUGGUUGUAGCAGAUACGUUUGAAGAAAUAGUGAAUGACCCAGAGAAAGAUGUGCUGAUUGAGUUUUACGCUCCGUGGUGUGGCCACUGCAAGAAGCUAGAGCCCAAAUACACAGAACUCGGACAGGAGCUUUCCAGUGAUCCCAGUAUCGUUAUUGCCAAGAUGGAUGCCACUGCCAACGAUGUUCCACAAGGCUAUGAUGUACAAGGAUUUCCCACAAUAUACUUUGUCCCUGCUGGGAGGAAAGAUGACCCAAAGCGAUAUGAGGGACCCCGUGAAAUGAAGGACUUUCUCAGCUUUUUGAAACGAGAAGCUACCAACUCGUUGGUGCUCAACGGAGUGAAAGAAGAACUGUGAAAUGCUAGGAAGGGGAGGAUGCUGGGAAAUGCAGUUCAUUGAACAGGUUUCAUUUGUUUGGUUCUGCUGAAAUACGGGUCACUGGGGACCUCCGGAAACUCAGCCACACAUAUCAUUCAUUCAAAAAGAUCCUAUUGGAGUAAAGAAGGCAGUGAAACAGUGACAUUUUCCAUUUCUUUUGACCUUUGAGGAUGAUCAGUGACACUUUAUCGAGUCGUAAGGCUACAUAAGCUUUUUAAGACUGCCAUAAAUCUACACCAACGUUUAUAAAGACUCACUCCAGCAAGGCUCAGUUGUCAUAAAGGCUGCCUUUGUCAAUUUUGGUGUCAUUUUAUCUAAUGAGACAGCUGACGCUUGUUGGAAUAAGCCUUUAUCAAUGUCUACAUUGGUUUGAAAAGGCUUAGCCUUAUGAACACUGCCCUUCAGUAAAGUGUUACUGAAUUACCUAAAGCUAUUAAAGAAUCAAUUCUUUCAGCAAUUCACCAGAACAAGUCCUGACAGAUGGAAUGGCAGAGGUGCACCAUUAAUUAUUUACCAGGGUCGUCAAACAAAAGCCAGUCUCCUCUGCUCUGAAUCUGCGACCUUUAUAUUCAUGUUAAUUAGAUACAUUUGAGCUUGUCAUAGAAAACUCUUCUCCUGGAUGAACUGUGGAGGGUCCUGGGGCCUUAAGCUGUGCACUACUGUUACAUACACUGAUGAUCUGUUUCUCCUUUUCUCCGUCUCUCUCUUUCACCACAUACUGCAUCCUUUUACCUUCUCGUACUCCAUUAUUACUCCUGAUUGAUGCCCGUCCAUCAGUCGCGCUUUGAGGCAGCUCACUUGCACGUUCAUUUCUUUUUAUCCCAGGCUAACACUGUGUUAUUAUUGCUUAAAUCUGCUUUUCUUCUCAUUAAAUUGACCAUAUUUAUCACUGCCUGACCCUAAUAUUUUUACUGGCAAAUGCAUGGAUUGCUCAUUUUCAAAUGAAUGUAUGGGAGUCUGAAGAAAAAAAAAUCUUUACAUUUUUUGCCUUUUUUUUUUAGAGAAGAGAGGAAAAUGUUACUUUUUUCCAGUUCCAGGUUCCGUUUCUUAAAGGUGAAGGAGCUGAUGAGCUUUAUAUGUUGGAAACUUUGCCAUGAUUUUAUUUUGUCUUGUACAUUUCGCUGCUGUCGGAUCA